AUGAGCUUUCUUCAACGUCGCCAGCUUUUCGACCCAUCGAGGGCCCGCUUCUUCUUCUUCUUCUUCUUCUCUUCUCGCUCAGGAUGGAGGCUGUUUCUCUGGCGGUGCCUUCACGAUUGUCUCGAGCGCACGCCAGACCCGACAGACAAGAUGCCUGGCCUGGCGAGAAAGCUGCUCAUCAUUGCGGCCGUGGACGGCUUGAUCCUCCAGCCGUACCAUAACAACACCCGCUCGUCCGCCAAUCUAGUACAGGUCGACUACAAGACGCACCACAUCCACUCGCCGGCGAGGGUCUCAAACUACCAGUACAAGAAUGACGCCUGCCUGGAGUCGCAUGGCUUGAUUGGGUUACUUUCCGUGGCAUCGUACUCGUUCCUAAUAUCAAUUACCCAGCGCCAGCAGGUGGCGCAUAUUCUGGGGAAACCGAUCUUUGUGAUAACUGGGGUUUCUAUUAUCCCUUUAUCGGGUCAGGCUGAAGCUUCUAAAGCAAUAAGGCAGGCACAGCGAGCGUUGGAGAAUAGCCCGGACGCCUACGAGCUAUCAGAUAGCGAGUCGGAUAAUUCCGAAGACUUCCUGGCUGAUGAACACAAUAACUUCGAUGCUAUAUCCCCGGAAGGUGACCUAUACCCCCCAGUUGACGAGCCUAGCAACGAAAUCAGUAUUGCGGAAGAUGUUAUAAAAAAGCGAGGGCGGUAUGGCAGAUUUACAGCGGAGUGGUUUGCAAGAAAAGGAUGGGGUAGUAUUGGAUUGCCAGACUCCAGGAGGCGGUCUCUUAUUUCAUCUAGCGAUGGCUCUGCCCACGCUGAAUCCAUGGAGCUAAAGAACCUAGGAGCUGAUGCUCUUGAUGGGCCGGAACCCAAGGAGACCAGCGAGAACACCGCCGUGACUGACGCCAGAACCCAUGACUUGUUGCCGAAGCUGUUAAAGUACACUAAAAUGAUGUUCGGAUCCCGGAGCUUCUACUUUUCGUAUGACUAUGAUAUUACUAGACGGUUUGGUCCGGUAGAUCCAGCUUCAACACAUGUUCCUCUAUGUCACCAGGCCAACCCAUUGGUAAUACAUUUCUCCCUGUUCUCUUCUCCUCUGCUGCAAUUUUGUGCAGGCUAA